UUCAGUGUUUUUUCAUCUCGCGACUUUUCAAGAAGCAAAAAUCGAAUUAGUGUCGGUUUUUAAGUGAUUUGAUGGAUUUAUUAAUGUUUUUGUGUGCGAACUAAGUGUGAAACUGUGUUAGUUACUGCGCUGAUCAAAGGGAUUACCAAAUACAACUGAUUUCAACAGCGUUGAUGGCUUAAUUAGCCUGAUUUAAUCAGGUCAAAGCAUCAAAGUGGCCAAAGAGAUAAAGUGCGGCUAAAAGUGAAAACCCAAUCAAAGCGACCAUAUUCCAGAGAGAGAGAGAGAGUAACAUUAUACCCCGAAACUUGUAGAAACGGGCACAAAGAAUUGGCCUGGCCAAAAACCGCAGGGACAGGACGACGCAGGACGCAGGACGAUGUAGAUAGGAUGGCGAUGAGGCGAGUGGCACAAUAGACAAAGUGUAUCAAUUAUAAUACGGGCGCCAGGAACGGACAAACCCAAGGAGAGGGACAAGGGAGGCAGGAAAAGUGUGAGACCAGGAGUCAGGAUCUAGGAAACAGGAUCCAGGGAGUUUCGAAACAUUGCACAGGAAAAAAUACAUAUAUUUUUGGCAGUACAUAAGGCAACCACACGGAGCCAUGUUGGCAACGACAAGUACAACCACAAUUACCUCGGAUCCGGGCAUUCUCUGUUUUCAUCACUGCAACGUAAAAGUUUUCUGCUUCACUUUGCCGCACACUUGUCCCCAUUGCAAUGCGCCACUGGACGCGGAUGUGGACGUCGAGGCGGAUGCGGAUGCGAAUGCGGAUACAAAGGCGGAACUAGACAGGAGCGGGCAGAAGCCACGCCUCCUGCUCCUGCCCUUCCGUCUGCCAUAUCCCUUUGUGCGGGCCACACAGCAUCCGUGCGCCAUUGUCCUGCGUCCCUCCACCGGCGAUUUUCUCAACGAUUACAGCAACGCCACCGAUUUGCAUAUCGCAGUGACCACAUCCGGCGGCGACAUCGUGGAGUUCGAUCGCAUUGGUCUGCGGCGGCAUCGUCGGGAUGAUAAUCCUCGGGAGUGGCGGCAAUCCCUGCUGGUGGGGGAUGUACCAGAGCCAUGGCAUGACUUCUGGGACGAGGUGCUGCAGCAGAUUUGUGCCCAGUCUGCACGGUGGUCCAUUGCCAGUUACACGGAGGAGACCCACAACUGCUAUGCAUUCGUCCUGGCCUUCCUGCAGGCCCUGGGCCAUGCCCCACUGAGUGAGGCAGCCAGGAGCAAGACCACUUUCUGUGAACAGCGCAUCGUUCCCAGGACAACGACGGCAGGGAAGUAUAUCUCGCUGUAUCGCAAGCUCCGUCGGAGCGGCAUUUAUGUCCAUCGCCAGCAGCCGAGGCAUCGGAAUAAGCCAAAGGGCCUAGCAUCCGCAGCCUCGAAUCCUUCUAGUUCCUAUGCCCAUUCUCCUGAUAGCUGCGAUGGUGUUGGCAAUCACAAGAUACCCACAAAAGGAUACUCAAGCGGCAGUGUCGCAGGAAUCACAGGAUCUCGCCCACGACCCACACUAUGCACCAUCGAGGAGUAAUUAAAUGAAAUAGCCUCUUUCAGGAUUAGAGGGUGGGAAAUCUAUUCAAGAUUGUACUUCACGUGUAUUUGUUUGUUACAACUCAACCGCACACUAAUUGAUCUUAAAUAAAGUGUAUAGUAUUUUUCGUAUUUAUUUAUUAAA